AUGCGGAGGUUCGUUUCUUACUCCAAUUUUCUCACUUCCUUUCACUCACACUCUUUGUUUAGGGUUUUCUCUCACUCUCUACAUCAAUUCAUUCCCAAUAACUCUAAUGUUGAUGAUGCCGUUUUCUCAUUCCAUCGCAUGCUAAAUAUGCGCCCUACUCCAUCCAUAGUUGAAUUUAACACGAUUUUAGGUUUUCUCGUUAGGACUAAGAAUCAUUACGCCACUACUAUUUCCCUUUAUCACCGAUUAGAAUUCAACCAAAUUCAACCAUGUAUUGUUACUUUAAACACCAUCAUCAAUUGUUAUUGCCACACAGGUCAAAUGAGGUUUGCUUUUUCUGUAUUUGCUAAGAUUCUCAAAAUUGGUUAUCAGCCUCAUACCAUAACUUUGAAUACUCUUAUCAAGGGUUUGUGUCUUAACGGUAAGGUUCAUGAAGCUCUGCACUUUCAUGACCAUGUCGUUGCACAUGGAUUUCGACUCGACCGGAUUAGUUAUGGUACUUUAAUCAACGGGUUGUGUAAAAUCGGGGAAACAAGAGCCGCCGUGAAAAUGUUGAGACAAAUUGAUGGGAAGUUGGUCAAGGUGGACGUGGUAAUGCACAACAUAAUAAAUGAUAGUUUGUGUAAAGAUAAGUUUGUAAUGGAUGCCUAUGAGUUAUAUUGUGAAAUGAUUGCAAAGAAAAUUGUAGGUGUUUAA